GAUCAAAAAAAACAAAAAUCGAAGCCCUGACCUCCAGCUUUGGGCCUCACUGCCAAAAUCCGACUCCCAAGAGCGGAAAACCAAGACUGGGCCGCCGCCCUCAUACACUCUGCAGGUGAGUCUGCGAAAUCCUUCGCCGCCGGUCUGUUUCCUCGUACCUCUCUAGUAUUGCCCCGCUAGAAUGUUCUGUGCCUACGGAACAGCGCUCCACUGAGCGAAGGAAAGUGAAAAAUGGUGGCGAAAAGGUUGGUUUCCAUCUUCAAGCGCUCUCCAACCACACAACCUUCCAGCAGUUCCAUAAAGCCAGCGGAAGAAGGGGUGAAUAAAUUCUGGGGUCGUAAGGCAGUUUCGUUUGUACUUAUUACUGUUACUGGUGGUGUUGCUUUGAGUGCUUUAGAUGAUCUUGCCAUUUAUCAUAGCUGUAGCAGCAAAGCCAUAGAGAAAGCCAGAAACAACCAAGCACUUAGAGAUGCUAUUGGGGAACCCAUUGUUAAAGGUCCAUGGUACAAUGCAUCACUUGCAGUAGCUCAUAAGAGACAUUCUCUAUCCUGCACGUUUCCUGUGUCAGGACCACAGGGCACUGGGAUCCUCCAAUUGAAGGCAGUUCGUAGUGGAGAGGAGUCCUGGAUCUCUUUUGUCCGGCCACGUGAGUGGGACAUUCUAAUCAUGGAUGCACUUCUACAUGUUCCUGCAAACCAAGGGAAGGAGCAGACAUUGCGCAUCAAUCUCACUGAGAAAUUUCCUCCCGCUGCCUGCGUCGCUUGUCAGCCUCCAGACACAGACACACACCAGAGAUGAACUCGUUUGGUAAGGUUGUUGGGAAAAUAAUAAUAUUAUCAAAAUUUAGCAUUUCUUUAUUAUAUUAGUGUUCUGUUUCAACAUGAUUUUGAUCAAAAUAAUUCUUUUUAUCUACACCAAUUGGUCUAAUUGCCUUUGAGAUUUAGUUUAAACCAUAAAAUAUUCAAUAUCAUAAGGUUUGAAAUCAGAUAAUGUAGAAUCAAACAGUUGUGUUGUGAGAUUAGUUCUAAAUGGCCAAGAGAGCAAUAUUUUAACUUGUC